AUGUAUGGUCUCAUUCUGCCAGCCAAGGUCGAGAAUGGCACUCCCAUCUACACUUGGGAAAGUGACCCCGAAGACGAGGAGGAUAUGGACAAGGCAUUGGUGCUUUCAAAGGAGAUGAGACAGCCCGCUAAGCCUUCCGCCCAAUUGGAGCGACCAAGAACUCCUUCGAACAUUCUUCACAAAGUCAAGUCUUUCGCAAACUUCAUUGCCACAUCUGAUGCAGAGAAGGAUGUCCCCGAGCUCCCAACACUCAAUGAACUCCUGGACCAGUUCGGCCUACCCCCCGGAACCCCAAGCGACACAGCGCCUCGGAGCUUUCUCCGUACGACCCGAUCGAGCAGCUCUCUGCGCCCAAAGACACCCACUCGACCUGUUCCCAGUGCUACCAAGUUACGCAGCAAGCGAAGCGCAGGAAUCUCAAGAUCCCAGAUCUCCAAUCCCAUCGCUCCCGAGGAAAUGAGACGGGUUGGAUCCGACUUCAGCCAGGCGGUGGCUCGACGUGGCAGAAAUGCUUCGGGAGGUGAGCGUGAUUCGCUCUACGCAUCGUCUUUACGAAGCCCAUCAAACCUGAUCUCUCCAUCCCUUUCGACGAGUGUCCCUCUGUAUCUACUUCAGCCUCAACACCCUACCAUCUACUUUGGGCAGAACGAGGCCCCUCCUGAGUUCCGACAUGCUCCUCCUCGUCUGGCUCCCAUGGAGUACACUCGGCAGUAUUAUAUUGCCAAGGCUAAAGCAGAGAGAGAAGGAGUCGACUGCACAAUCCUCAAGCCUGGUACUGUCUGGGCUUGGACAGAACACUUCAAGGAGUUUCUCUUGCUCCCGCAACUUCCCGCAGGCCUUCAAAGAAACUUCUUGCCGAACAAUGGCGAAGACUGCCAGUUCUCCAAGAUCAGUCGGUCAUCCAACAACAAAGAUGUUGGCAAAAGAAGCUCCUUCGUUCCUCUUCCUUUGGACCUUGGCCCUUCUACUCCACUCAUGCCUGCUCACUUCCACAGCAACUCAUACUCUUUCAUCGGCUCAGACCACAAGUAUCGUUCAUCUAGUGAUGGAUUCUCCCUCAAUCAUCCUGCAAUGGCCAGAUAUGAGAGUCUCGUGCAGUCAACAAGGUUGCUUCUCGAAGACCCUUCCACCCCCAUGGCUGGAGAAGAUAAAGAUUGCUUUGUUGGUGUCUGCCUUGAUACCACCACUGCCCAUUGA